AGUAGCAAUUGAGCGGGAUUUGGGGAGAUGUGUUUAUAGCUCUGAAUUCCUUUCAAUUCUCAGUCAAGAAAUUUGAGAGAUUCCUUACGGCUUUUCUUGCGGUAACUAUAAAGACAAUUACCAAGUGGAAGAGAGACGCGCAUUCCGAAGCUCAUCACUUUUGUCGACUCACCUGCACAAGCGGUGAACAGGAGAGGCACUUGCCAUGGAUCAGGAGAAAUACUUACCGGAGCUGAUGGCCGAAAAAGAUACGCUGGACUCCUCGUUUGUUCAUGCGAUGCGUCUGCUUGCCGAAGAAAUCACAAAGUAUGAGGGGGAUGAGUUGAGAAAAGACGGUGACAUGAAGAAAUACCUCGAUGUCAUCAGUAACAAAAACAUCAAGCUCUUGGAAAGAGUACUAAUCCCAGUUCAACAGUACCCAAAGUUUAAUUUUGUUGGGAAGCUGUUGGGACCACGGGGCAAUUCCAUGAAAAGAUUACAAGAAGAAACCGGAGCGAAGAUGUCCAUCCUCGGAAAAGGCUCCAUGAGGGACAAAGUAAAGGAAGAAGAGUUGAGGAAAAGUGGAGAGGCCAAGUAUGCCCAUUUGAGUAACGAUAUCCAUGUUUUAAUUGAAGUCUUCGCUCCACCUGGAGAGGCCUAUUCCCGCAUGAGCCAUGCCUUGGAGGAGAUUAAGAAAUUCCUAGUUCCAGACUACAAUGAUGAGAUCAGACAGGAGCAGCUGAGGGAGCUCUCCUACUUGAACGGAGGAUCAGAGGACACCAACAGAGGGAGGACAGUAAGGGGGCGGGGCUUACGCCUGGCUUCCACGACAACCACGCGGGGACGAGGAGGCAGAGGUGCAGUUGCACCCAGAGGGACAGCAGGUACACGGAGUGCAAUGCCACAAGCCACAUUAGCGAGAGGAGUACCCACUCCCAGAGCAAGGGGAACACCAGGGAACCCCGGAUACAGACCCCCACUGUUACCCGUAACACACGAAUCAUACGACGACUAUGGCUAUGAUGAUGGAUAUGACGGUGAAUAUGAUGACCAGAGUUAUGAUGCCUAUGAGGAGAACUACAGCAAUCAGUCAAAGAGCAUUUCUGAAUAUUACGAAUAUGGCCAUGGAACCAAUGACGAAGCCUACAACAAUUACGAAGAGGAGUGGACGACAACCCGUCCAACACUCAAAGCCCCAGCAGCAAGGAUCUCACGUGUGGGCUACAGAGAACAUCCCUAUGGUAGAUAUUGAAGGGGCUCCACAUCUGUGACCUCUGACAUAAGACAACCAUAUGAUUGUUUAAUUUCCUCCCAGAAAUGUUAGAUUUUUUUACAACAUGGACUCUUUUUUUAGAACAAUUAGUAGAGAAAACAAAAGAAAGACACUUGUGUUUCAAUAAACAUUGGAAUGUUGUUCUUGGUUGUCAAUGAUUGUCUGUCCCUCGAAAAAUAAAAGCAUGAAGUUGUCACAGAACUUGAUGCUUCUAGAUAGCCCUUAGGGAACUUUGAUUUCAGGAUGAAAAUGGGUUGCUACUAUUGAGUAAAGUUAACCUAGGUGAACUUAUUUUUUUCUAUAUUUGUUAUGAUGUUAGAUUUUGAUCUUGUAAAACUAAUGAAACAUUUUUUCGUGUUGGGUUGAAAGCAUUCAGCUAUGUAUGUAGCUUACUAAGUGCUCUGUUCUGUGUUUAAUCUGUAUGUAAAUAAAACACAUAUUAAAAUAACAUAAAGCACCAUGUGUACGCUUCUCUAAAUAGGUGGCCAUAAAUUGGUAAAUUUGUUUUGCCAUAAUUUGUUAAUAAAGCUGAACCUUUUUGGUAAAACAGAAACAUUUGAAGUACUUGUUUCUAGCACUAAAUGCCUGCUUGGUUUCAGGUCAUUGCUAAAAUGUUUUUUUGAUACAGAAAGUAAAAAAAAAAAAGAAGAAUUUUCGAGACUUGUCUUUCGUAAUUGUUGUGUAGAUAACAUGCAGUAACACGAUAAAGAAUCUUUUGUUAAAUACUUUCAAAGUAAGAGCCAAAUUGUUCCUUGAAUCUUGGUUAGUAAUUUUAAAUGUUUAACAUGUUAAUGGAAAGCAACUGUUUAGACUAAUAAAUGGAUUUUU